CAUCACCAUUUUCAAAAUUAUAGCAUGGGAGAGAAAUGUGCUGUUCUUCACUGUGAUAACUGUCCAGGUCAAAACAAAAACCGGUAUGUGAUUGGAUAUUUGCUAUGGCGGGUAUUGAUUGGGCUACAUCGAGCAAUUGAACUUCACAUGCAGAUACCAGGGCAUACAAAAUGUCAAGUGGAUGCAGGCUUUGCUCAGAUCAAAAAGAAGUACAGGAGAUCAGAUUGUGACACUCUACAGCAUGUUGCUGACGUAGUCUCCAAGUCCUCCAAAACACUGCUGCCUGGAGUUGUAUUAUGCAGCGUUGAUGUAGAUGGCGACAAGGUCCCAGUAAUCCUCAGUAAUCACGACCAAAUCAGUGUAAAUCUACCACCAGAGAUAAUGCCGGGCGGACUCAGUAGAGAACGACAGGAAUAUUUAUACAAACAUAUCAGACCUCAUGUCCGGGAAUGUUUCAGGGACACAACAUGUCCAGAAUUUCAUGAAGAAUAAGUGAAAGUUUCAAUUGUUUCCGACAAUGAUUAACGUCAUUUCAACGUCAUUUUUUGUAACGUCAUUGAAAUAUUAUCUUAACCUUUGACAGCCUAUAUCUCAGUAAAUAUGCUGAAUAUUUGACCCAAACUUCACAUGUGUCUUUUUAAUGUUGUUUUCUAUCAUAUUCCAUUAAAAAGUUAAUUUUGA